AUGCCUAUCAACAUCACAAUCGAUCAUACGUCGACGACCAACGGGUCUGAGUCGUCUCUGUCUGAAGAAGAGACCGGUAGCAGCGGUGUUGACUACGGUUACCAGCCGCCUCUAAACUAUCACCCUUCUCAGUAUUCAUCUCACCGGUCCCAUCAUUCCGUUAACUCCCCACAUCACUCCCAAUUCCCUUCACACACCGAGUACUCGGGAGAUUCUUUCCCUGAAGAUUGGGAGGAUUUGCAGGGUGAAGAGCUCGGCCCGUCAGAUUCAGCUUCACGCCCGCGCACAGCCAACAGCAGAGCAGGGCCAGAUACCCCUACUCACUCCCGGCGAGAGACUACUAGAUCUCAUCGCCGCCGUCAGGAUAGCCCACCCGCCCAAGAUAUACUGCCACCCGCUCCCCAGUCAAUUCACCCUCCACCCCCACCUCCUCAAUCAUCCCGUCACGGUUCACACCGUGGUCAUCGUCAUCGACAGUCUGCCCCAACUGCACCUCCGAGUACAUCAGACAGUGACGAAGAUAUCAGAUACGAACGUGGACCUCCCUCGGCUCCAUUAAAGUCGCAGCCCUACUGGGGAUCACAAAAUAGUAGUCCUUAUAACCAACCAGCAACAGCGCCAGCGCCAGCACCAGGUAGUGGCUACGGUGGGUUUGGUGAACCUCGUGGCUAUAACCAAAAUCCUCUUGCGCUGGUUCCGACCAGUCCUCCGCCUCAUCCUCACGCAUUGCCUGGUAACAGCGGUGACCCUCGGGAUCAUAUGAGAAGAGGAGGUCCAAACCCUCUCGCUCCUUUUGAUCAUCAGGGAUAUCCACCGCACUCACAGUAUCCAGGCCAACCUUCUCAGCAUCCUGGUCAAUACCCCCCACAUCCACCACACGCAUCUCACCCUGGGCAUUCGGGAUAUCAAUCUCCACAUUAUCCUGCUCAGUCACCACAAUACCCACCACACCCAAGGGAAUCAUCAAAAUAUCCAGGGCAGUCACCUCACUACCCAGGACAGUCGCCUCAUUAUCCCGGCCACUCACCUUCGUAUCCAGGGCAGUCACAGCACCACCCGUCCCAUUCUGGGCACAGUAGUCCAGGUAGCUCAAUGACGCCUUACAACUAUGGGCAGCAUCCCGGCAGCCCCACCUACCCCCCUCAUCCACAGCAUCCUCACCAUCCACACGACCCUCGCCACCCGUAUGAUCCUAGGCAUGAUCCUCGAGACCCUAGACAUGAUCCUCGGGACCCUAGACUCGACCCCCGGCUUGAUCCCCGACUUGAUCCUCGGGAUCCUAGACAUGACCCCCGACUCGAUCCCCGUGAUCUCAGACAUGAUCCGCGGGACCCUCGGCACCUACCUCACGACCCCCGACACCCUCAAAACCAUAUGUCUGGUCCGCUGAGUCCGAGAGGCGCGCAUCAAACUGACAUGUACGGAUACUAUUCGGGAUCUCCUUACAGCCCUUAUGGCCCCUAUGGUGGUGGAUACUUCAGUGCCGGCGGCCAUCCUCACCAAAUGAACUCUAUGACCUCUAUGAAUACUACUAACCAGAUGAUGAUAAUGGGACCUCAGGGUUAUCUCGUCCCGUAUGCAGUCCCACGAACGGAAAGUCCACCAUCACCGGCUGAGCCAGAGAGGCCUCGUGAGAAAACUGAGGAGGAGAAGCGCGAGGAAGAACGUUGGGCAAGGCUUCAAGAAGAGAAGAAAUUGAGGGAGGAAAUGAUCGAACAGGAAAGGAAGUGGCAUCAAGAGAAGGAAGACCGCAAGAAAAAGGAGGAAGAGGAUAGGAUCGCUAAGGAAGCUGCUGAUAAAGCUGCUCAGGAGGCCAAGGAAGCUGCUGAGAAGGCCAGGAAAGAGGCAGAAGAAGCUGCAGAGGUUGCUAGAAAGGCUGAAGAGGAGGCAAAAGCAAGGGCACAUGAAGAAGCUGCUGCUGCUGAAAAAGCUCUUGCGGAGAAACUAGAACAAGCCACCGCUGCGGCAGCGGCAGCGGCAGCGGCAGAAGCAACUAGGGUAGCGGAAGAAAAGGCUGCUGCUGCUGCCGCAGAACUUGCGGAGAAGCUGGAACAGGCCACUAAAGCGAAGGCUCGAGUGAAGCCCAAGCCAGUCAAGUUCCGCGAUGCUGUUGGGAGGAAGUUUUCAUUCCCAUUUGAGCUUUGCAAAAAGUGGAGUGGUAUGGAAGAGCUUAUCAAGCAAGCAUUUCUUCACGUCGAGGUCAUUGGACAGCAUGUCAUUGACGGCCACUAUGAUCUUCAUGGACCUGAUGGUGAAAUCAUUCUCCCACAGGUUUGGGACUCGGUGAUUGAGCCUGACUGGAGCAUCACCAUGCACAUGUGGCCAAUGCCUGAGCCUGAACCCGAACCAGCUCCACCACCACCACCACCUCCACCCGCUCCCGAACCUGUGGUUGAGGAGCCACCACCGCCACCACCACCUCCUCCACCAGCGCCAGAGCCAGAGCCAGCCCCAGCCCCAGCUCCCGAGCCAGCGCCACCAACCCCUCCGCCUCCCCCACCACCACCACCACCACCAGCACCGGCUCCGCCGCCUGCCCAUGUUGAGGUCGUGGUUCUUGAGCGUCCCGUGGUAGAUAUUGUUUCAGCUGAACCGGAGCCGGCGCCAUCCCCUCCACCACCACCACCGCCUCCACCACCCCCUCCCGUCAAUGUCGUAAUCCAAACUCGCACCGAAACAGUUACAGAGAGGGUCAGAUCAAAACCGGCGAAUAUCCCGCCCCUUCUUAUGUGGACUGCAGGUCGUUAUGGAUCCAAGAAGGGAAGAAGAUGA